AAACUCAGAAAUUUUCUCAGAAAACUGUGCAGGUGCUCCUGGAAGGAUCAGAGCACAGGCAGCUGUUCCACGUGGCCCUUGGGAAUAGCAGAUCAACCAGAACUGUUAGAGAGGGGGAGAAGAGAGUCUGCCUGCCAGAAAACUGCCUUUUUAUCUCCUACCUUAUUGUUUUUAUUAAUGAGUGCCUGAAUGGUUGAAUAAUCGAGGUGUGCAGCCCUCAGCCCAGAGUCUGUCAUAAAAUGUGUUAAUUAGCCAAAAGUGAGGAACUCUCUUGUAACUCUUAGAAGUUGCUCUCCAUUUAUUCUGCCCUUAUUUCGCCUCCUGCCUGCUCACCUUGCUACCUAUUUAAAUACUCUUAAAACGUUUUCAGGGCAAUUUACUUAGCCUCGUGUACAAUAUUAAAUUGCAGGCAGUUAUUUCCUAUACAACAAUACAGCUUUAUGAACAAAACUACUUGGAAUUAGAUUACCUGCAUCUGGAAUUGACAAUGGAAUGUUGAGAGUGUCUGUGCUCCAAAAGGCACACUUGCUUUUUUCCCUAAUAGUAAGCAAAGAACGUGUGAGUAGGAAAGCUAUUUCUCUUUUCCUCCAUACUUCAACUAUAAAAUAAAAUAAAAAAAAUAAGAUUUUUUUUAUAUAUAUAUUACGCAGUAAUUUAUUUAUUAAGAGCUCAAAGGUCUGCUAUGUGAAACUGGAGGGGAAAUGCAAAAGAGACUGAAGAAUUAGGAUGGAGUGAGACAAAAAUCCCUGAACAACCCUUAAAAAUUCCAUGUGUUCCAGAAGUAGGUGACCAGGGUGUAGCCUGUUUACUUGCCCCACAGGCCAGUUGCAGAGCAUCCCUCCUUUGGCAGCACUGCCUGGUCUGGCUGCUUCUAAACUGUCUGCCAGCUGCCUAAGUGAGAUUUGAAUAAGAUUUGCAUUUAUAUGGGGGUUUAGGUUGUGAUCUGCAUGUUCAUGAGGCAGCCCCAGGGUCAGGCAUGUUCUGCCCAGGGGCUGCUCUGAAGGACUGUGCUGGGGUGGCAGUUCAGACUCAGCUGCACUGGACAACUGUUGCUUUUAUUUUCUUUUAAAGGUGGAGUGCAAGAAUAAAGUCAAGAAAGGCUACAAUGGACUUCUGAAGCGUUGAAGUGACAGAAGGAAGGAAAAUGGAGGCAGACACCAUUUUAAGUCUUAAACAGCAACUCAAGGAGGCAGAGAAUGAGAGAAGAAAGGCAGCAGAAUAUGGUUUGCAUUUGCUGGAGUCCCAAAGUGAAGUCCAAAAUCAGCUGGAUCAAACACGCCGUGAACUGACUGAGAAAACUGAGAAAUUUGAACAAGAGAAAUACACUCUUCAGAGAGAAAUUGAACUCAAGAAUCGGAUGUUGGAAAGUUUGCAUUUUGAGUGUGAUUCCCUCAAGCAGCAGCAGAACAUGCAACUGGAAACACAGAAGGAACAGCUGGCCAGAGCCUUUGGGCAAGAAAUCAAUGACCUUAAAAACAAGUUGGAGAACCUGAAAGCAGAACUUGAUGAAACCCGACUCUCAGAGAAACAACUGAGACACAAAGUGGAGCAUCAGAAGGAAAUAAUUGCUGCCAAAUCAGAGGAACUGCACAUGAUGUCUGAGCGUGUCCACGAGACCAUGUCCUCAGAAAUGCUCAACCUGCAGAUCGAGCUCACUGAACUAGAAAGUGUGAAGGCCAAUGUUGAAGAGAAGCUGAAUGAGCUUCAGUACAGCAAAGAACAACUAGAACUCAUGAACAGUAACUUACAGAACCAGCUGGAGCGCCUGCACGCAGAAAAGGAAGAGAGGGAAAAAGAAGUUGUUUCUUACUGUAAUGCAUUAGAGAAAGCUCGUGAAGCCAAUCAGGAGCUUCAGGUUCAGCUGGAUCGUGCAGUGCAACAAUCUUUGGACCCUACAAGUAAAGGCAAUUCUCUCUUUGCUGAGGUGGAGGACCGUAGGGCAGAAAUGGAACGGCAGCUGAUCAGUGUGAAAGUAAAAUAUCAGUCCCUCCAAAAACAGCAUGCAUUCACUAGAGAACAGUUGCAGAGAAUGAAGCUGCAAAUGGCUACACUGCUGCAGAUGAAAGGCUCUCAGGCAGAAUUUGAUCAGCUGGAACGUUUACAGGCCAUGUUAGAGCAAAAGAAUGGGGAAAUAGAAGAUCUGCUGAUGAAAGUGAGGCAGCUGGAAAAAUUUAAGACUUUAUAUGAGAAUAUGGAAGAAUCCAAACCUGGGAGUAGCAAAAAAGGAGGCGACUCUGAGGAUGAGUACUAUGCAGAUUUACUGAAAAUUAAACUCGACAACUCCAACAAGGAAACUGAAACAUUGAAAAAUGAACUCUCCUUGCAAAAAAUGAAAGCUCUAUAUGAGAGCCAAAGGGUCCUGGAAUUUGAAAGGAAACUCUUUACCAGUGAGAGGCAGUUGCAGACGUGUCAGAGUGAGAAUAUGAGCUUGAGAGUUAUGCUGGAUGAGCUGAAAAUGAAAUAUGAACCUGAAGAAUUACCUAGAGGCUCUAAAGUUAAAAAGAAGAGGGAGAGGAUUCCAGUGGACACUACUUGUGAAUACUUGGACAGCAAAAGUACUCCAGUAAGAGAAGGUGCUCUCACUCAAUUGCCAAGUAAGGAAGGAAAAAAGAUAACUGCCAAGUACUUGGAGCAGAGUGGUGCUUCUCCACUGAGACAGGCUUUCCCAGCAUCCCCGUUCCACACAGCUCUGCAAGCAAAGAGGAACACAGUGGAACCUGAAAGGGAGAAGAAGAGAGUGAAAUUUCAGGAAGACAACCACGAGGCCUUUUCUUCCAACAGCAGAAGUGGAAAUAAUUCCUUGACUUCAGCUGCCCUCAGGUCAGUGUCAGCUUCUGUCUCUGCUCAAGGCAAUCAGCACAGACCUGCAUCUCUUUUCUUUCGCUGCAUGAACUUUGCUAUCCAGUUCUUUAUCUAUUUCCUCAGUGUUGCAUGCCGGGUCAUUCCUCAGCUCCAGCUGCCUACAUUGAACCUCUCAAUACCUUUUAGGAGGACUAAAGUGGUGACUAAUAAAAAAGACUCUUGAAACUGUAACUAAAAUAA